UCUUUAUAUUCCGAGUCCUGUCCUGGCCAGGACGGUCGCCGGACCGCUCCGCUUCCGCAGCAGCGCCCGUGCCCCGCGGGGCUGAGAACUCCGGGAAGGGGAAGGCAGCGGCCCGGGAGAAGGGGGCUUCCUGCGACUGCGUUUUCUCUGGGACCCGAGCAGGACGCGGCGAGCAUGAGCUGGGACCUGCUCUUGUCCCUGCUGCUGGCCUGUGCGCUCGCUUACCUCGGCGUGCAGCUGGUCCGUUUCGUGCGGGCCGACGGCGACCUGACCCUGAUGUGGGCGGAGUGGCAGGGGCGCCGGCCAGAAUGGGAGUUGUCUGAUAUGGUGGUUUGGGUGACAGGAGCCUCAAGUGGAAUUGGUGAGGAGCUUGUCUACCAGUUGUCUAAAUUGGGAGCAUCCCUUGUAUUAUCAUCAAGAAGAGCAAAUGAACUAGAAAGGGUAAAAAACAAAUGUCUUGAGAUUAGCAACUUGAAAGAAAAGGACAUACUUGUUUUACCCCUUGACUUAACUGACAGAAGUUCUCAUGAAGCAGCAACAAAAACAGUUCUCCAAAAGUUUGGUCAAAUUGAUAUUCUGGUAAACAAUGGUGGAAGGAGUCAGCGUUCUUUGUUUGUGGAAACAAACCUGGAUAUUUAUAAAGAGAUAAUGGAAAUUAACUUUCUGGGAACAAUCUCCUUAACGAAAUGUGUUUUGCCUCACAUGAUUGAGAGAAAGCAAGGAAAGAUUGUUACAGUGUCCAGUGUAAUGGGCAUCACAGGAGCCCCUCUUGCUUCAGGAUAUUCUGCUAGCAAACAUGCACUUCACGGGUUUUUUAAUAGCCUCCGAAGUGAACUUACUACAUAUCCAGAGAUAACAGUUAUGGUCAUUUGUCCUGGACCUGUCCAAUCAAACAUUGUACACAAUGCCUUUACUGAAGAAAUCUCAAAGAAAAUAGAGAACCCAGGAGAACAAGACUAUAAGAUGGCAACUAGUCGCUGUGUUCGGUUAAUGCUGGUUUCUAUGGCCAAUGAUCUAAAAGAAGCCUGGAUUUCUGAACAGCCAUAUUUGUCAUUUUGCUACAUUGGUCAAUAUACCCCAACCUGGGCCUGGUUGUUAAUAGACAAGUUGGGACCCAGAAGAAUUGACAAUUUUAAGAGUGCACUGGAUGCUGAUUCCUCUUAUUUCAGACCAUUGAAGAAAAAAUCUAACUGAGAGAAUACCAGCAUUUUUCUGCCCAGUAAAAUUGAAGAUUUGGGAAAAUGAGAUUAUUUAGUUUAUAUUUCUCUAACUUGAUUUGUUAAAUAAAAUCUUUGUCAUAAAUACUAAAAUAAAGAUCUUAAGCAUUAUGUUUCA